AUGGCGCUGUUGCUAUGGAAGGGGCUGGUGGGCACCGGCCUCUUUGCCCUAGCCUCUGCGGCUUUUUCAACUGCACAGCAUCAUUCUUAUAUGAGAUUAACAGAAAACGAAGAUGAAUCACUGCCAAUAGAUAUAGUUCUUCAGACACUUCUGGCCUUUGCAGAUGGUAUAGUUCAUAUUGCAGGGGAGUUUAAAGACAUGGAUGCCACUUCAGAACUAAAAAAUAAGACAUUUGACACACUAAGGAAUCACCCAUCAUUUUAUGUAUUUAAUCAUCAUGGUCGAGUACUGUUCUGGCCUUCAGAUACAACAAAUUUUUCAAACCAAAAUCCAUUGUCCUCUAACACAUCGUUGAAGUUACAAAAACUUGAAUCACUGCGUUAA